AUGCCAUCGCGGCGUAUAGAGAAGUCUGCGGCCGCAUGGCUGUUGGUCUGGCUGGCUACUGCACGGUUCGUCUGGGCCGUAGAAGCAGAAGGACGAGAUGGAUCGCGCUUGCCUUUUGACAAUGCGUUCGUUCAAGACUUCUGGGCAGAUAUGGGAGCGCGCUUGCCUACUAGGGAGUUUGUCGAGGCUGUGCAGGCAGCUAGCUUGGGGGUGAUUGACGGUCAAAACCGGCUGAGGCGGCUCGUGAUCCUGUCCCUCGACCAUUUGGCAAACCACCUUGUGGCGAAUGUGAUGUCGAGUAAGAGGUCCAGCACAGACAAAUGCAAUGAAAUGUCCAAACCCUACGGUGCCAGAUGCGUCGCCAUGACGAGCUCUAUCUUCGGCAUGGAGAAUUUUGAUUACAAGUCGCUGGCGUUCUAUGGCCUCAGCUUCGCCAAAGUGCUGACCAUCCUCGACGCCCUGAGCCUUGGAGUGCACGUGCUGGUACUUGAUGGUGACCAGGUCUUCUUCCGGAACCCGCUGCCGUACAUUGUGGCUCGCGACAUUGACAUACUGGUGACGGGGGACUGCGGUGCACGAGACGACGUAACGCCCGCAGUGCAGUUCCCCAAGAUUAACAGCAACAUAGGCUUGAUCUACUUUCGAGCGACGGCCAUGGUGACCCGGGCUGUCAUGCAGUGGCUGGCGUUCCUGGCCAACAGGGCGAAGGACAUGUCCCCCAUGUUGGACCAGAGCUCCUUCGGGGGCGUCAUGGAGCGAACCAGCGUGCCUGUGGGGGUGGAGCACUUGUCUUUGGGGAUGCUGGUUCCAGACCACUUCCCUCAUCGCUGCAUGGGGCCCUGCGGGUGCGACACGGACGGUGUGAGGCUUGGCGAGAAAGGCAAAAAGCUAUACCGGGUACCCAACACCACAUGCGCUGCUGUACACGUGAGGAAAUGGUACCACUUCCAUGUUCCAUGCAGCGGAGAUAUGAACGUGAAGGCAAGGGCUCUGGAACAGCUUCUGACAAUUUACGAAACUUUGGUUGGCCCCGUCAACAGCCUCUCAAGCCCACUUGACGUGCCGUGA